GUUUCUAAUAUCAGAAAAUUUGGGAGGCUUCUUUGAAAAACGUCGUCUGUCAGAAGAAUGGCAUCGUCUUUACAGAUUUGUGCAUUGCUGCUGGCUUUAGCAGGAUUCACCAUUUUACUUGUUACUACCAUGUCUAACAGGUGGAAAAUUUCGGACACUGCAACAGUGCUAGUUACUGCAGACUGGAUUUCUGAAGGUCUUUGGAUGGACUGUGCAGUGACUGCUUUUGGAUCAGUACAGUGCAAGAAAUUUCUCUACAUGUUGAGUUCAGAAACUCAUAUUCAGGCAUGCCGUGCCUUGAUGAUUGCUUCCAUCCUUUUGGGAUUCAUAGCUACAGUACUUUCGCUGCUUGGUUUGAAGUGCACAAGCAUUGGGUUGAGCGAUGAAGAUGCAAAAAUGAAGUUUGCUGUCACGGGAGGAUUUCUCUUUAUUUUAGGAGGUCUCUGCUCCAUGGUGGCUGUUUCUUGGUAUGCUGCAAUGGUUACUGCUCAAUUUUUUGACCCAUUGUACGCUGGAACCAAAUAUGAACUAGGAGAUGCUCUGUACUUAGGAUGGGCUGGAUCUGUUCUUUAUGCACUUGGUGGGAUCUUACUGACCUGUUCAUGCAAAGGGAAGAAAAAACAGGAUUACAGUUGCAACAAAUAUGCAUAUUCAGCAGGCCAGGCAGCUCAUCAGCAGCGCGUUUACACCAAAGACUCUGAGACAGUCAUAAGCAACAAGGAGUAUGUCUAA